UGCGCUCUCUGCAGAUCUGGUCGUGUUACACGAGCAAAGGAACAGACAUAUUCAGACAGCUGGUGCAGUCAGUAAGACUGCUGGGUCAUGAGAUGGCCAGUUGCAAGUCAAGCUUCGUUUCCAUUUUGAACAAUGAUGACCACCCAUCAUUUGCAGUUCGAUCGAGCCCUGGGGUCUCCAGACAGCCAUCCACCUCUUCAUCAUAUUCGCAUCAGUCAGAGCAACAGCCACGAACUUUGUUACCCGACUACAGCUAUGGAGCUCCCUACACAGAGUCUACUGCACGAUCUCCUGGCAGGGUAACACGACAACCAUUUGAUCCAGUUUCGGAAGCGAUGCAGCCCGCGUCGCCGGGCUCCUCUGAUUGCUCUUCCUAUGACUACAUCACUCAGAACAGCGCGGUCAGUUACUAUCGCUCUGGCCGACAAGACUCGUACGCUUAUUCCCCUCCCACGAUUGCACCCGCUGAGAAGCGUCUGAGCGGCCACUCGGUGUCUGAACCCCCGUCCCCGCCGCGAUCCAUUGGCGGAUCUAAAGAUGGAGCCGGUGCCAAAGGGACCAGAAAGAACAAAUACCCUUGUCCGUUCGCGGCCAGCCACGGAUGUUCAGCGACCUUCACCACUUCGGGCCACGCCGCACGCCACGGCAAAAAACACACGGGAGAGAAGAGUGUGCAUUGCCCCAUAUGCAACAAGGCCUUUACUCGAAAGGAUAACAUGAAACAACAUAUCCGAACUCACCGCACACAUUCAGAAGACAUGCCUUCGGGAACAGGCGACCGCGAUGGCGAGGCUGCCAGCAGCCGGUGGGCACCGGGGCGAACGAGCCCACCAUAUAGCCAUUCGCGGUCGACGAGUCAGUCGCAGACGGAUGGGAAUGUCUAUCACCGCAGUACGAGUACCAUGAAUAUGACGACGUCUAGCGGAAGCCAACGUCGGCAUUCGCCUUACUGAGUUGAUGACUCCGCAUGGGUUGAUAAUGAGAAGCCAUGUCUGAGGUGAAAAUGAGUUGAAGAGAAAUAAAGAGAAUUCAUGAGAAGGUUUUAAGGCACACACUGGGGGGGUGCCAUAUUUUCUAUAUUCUAUCCACAUUUACCUCCUAUUCAGGAGGACAAUCAGCCUCAACAGGUCUGGCUUUUGAUUCCUUUGGAGUCACGGCGUUUGAUAUAUCAAAGAGGUGCAAAUGGUGGCUGCUGUGCAGCACCCUUUCUUUGGUACAUUUUUUUCAUCUCAAAGUUUUUUGACUUCUACCG